AUUUACCUGAGCUGUGUGACAUAUCAGGAUACGGCUUAUAAUAAUAGAUUUAGACAAGAUUUCAACCAUGAAAUAACUACAAAUUUUAGCAUUUGAGAAAUUCAUUGUUCACUGGAAACAAUUCCACUGAUGAGAUGUCAGCAGCUGUUGACGAUGAUGACGUCUGUAGCCUUGUUGUGGACAGCGGGAGUGACGUCACUCGAGCGGGUUUUUCCGGCGAUGACGCACCUAAAGCAGUUUUCCCGACAAUAAUUGGAUCGCCAAAAUUAGAUGUGGCCAUGAGCAGCCCACAAGAUCGUAGCCACUACAUGGGCGAGUCCGCCAUGGCACACUGCGGAAUUUUCUCCUUGCGAAGGCCCAUUCAGCGAGGCGUCGUCACCGAUUGGGACGAUAUGGAGAGAAUCUGGAACCACACUUUCUACGAUCAGCUGCGAGUAGACCCUGCAGAACACAAUGUUCUCCUUACAGAACGACCUCUUAAUCCACGGUCGAACAGGGAAAAGAUGCUUGAGCUGAUGUUCGAGAAGUACCGGGCGCCGGGUGUGUACGUGAGCCCCCAGGCCACACUGUCCCUCUACUCAUCCGGGCGUCACGGAGCCAUCAUUGUGGAUAUAGGCGAGGGCGUCACCCACGUGACUGCACAUAUGGGUGUAUACCAGUGGACACAAGCCACAGUGAGGAGUCACUUGGCCGGAAGUGACAUCACUGAGUACUUCCGAAAAAUGCUCAUGGAGAGAGGAUACUACUUCCAAACUUCCGCUGAGAGAGAUAUAGUUCGACAAAUGAAGGAAAAGCUGUGCUAUGUCGCUGAAGACUAUCAAGCGGAAAUGUCCACAGCUGCCACCUCUGUCACCGUGGACGCUUCUUACCAGCUGCCUGACGGAAAGUCGGUGACCAUUGGCAACGAGAGAUUCCGGUGCGCGGAAGUGCUGUUUAACCCUUCUUUAAUAGAUGUGGAGCAGCCUAGCAUCAGUGAGCUAGUGUACAAUACGAUAUGGAAGACCGACAUCCACUGCCGUGCUGAGCUCUGCUGUAACGUUAUCCUUGCUGGGGGAUCUACAAUGUUCCCAGGAUUUCCAGAGCGACUUCAAAAAGAGUUAUCAUCUAUCGUACCACCGUCAAUUAAAGUGAACGUGAUAGCCGCACCUGAACGAAAGAACAGUGUAUGGAUUGGCGGUUCAAUUCUUACCUCAUUAUCGGCAUUUGCACAACAGUGGGUAACCAAGGCUCAAUAUGACGAAGAAGGACCAACCAUUGUUCACCAGAAAUGCAUUUGAUUUGUUGUCUCUAAUUUCAACAGAUGUCCCAUUCGGAACUCCUCGGCCGUUUUCCAUCAAAAACAACCUCGGAUGUAUGCCGGUACAUUAGAAGAAGUAGUUCGUAUUUUAUUUAAAUAUAAGUAUAAAUGAAAUGUAGUGUUUUAACGUGUUUUUUAUAUAUCUUAGUUUAAAUUGAUUUUCAGAUAAGUGUAUUAUUGCAUAAACAAUUAAGAUCUUCUUGAGUAAAGUCAUUAGAUCUAACUGCUUAAUUGAAAAUACUACGCGAUCUACUUGCAGUGUAGUUAAAUGAGAAGAUUUCUGACAUUGUUAACCGUCCAUAUACAUCUGAGGUUGUUUUCGAUGGGAAAUGGCCGAGGAGUUCUUAAUGCAGAUGUACAUGUUUACGGCUUCUUGCACGACAGUUAUCGUUUUAUAAAACGCAUUCGGAUUCCAAAAUUUUGACCGGAUAUUCAUUUGUAAUUAAGAGACGAUGUGCCGUGAAUAAAUAGGGUUUAAAGAUACGCAUUAUCCAGAAUUACACGUUACCAUAAAUAAGUUAAAAAUAAAUAUUGUAUAAUAUAUAAUGUAUACAGUGUCGUUGUUGAUGUUUGUGUUUAUAUUAAAUAAAUCAA